GGAGAACGAACACAAAGCGUCGACUCGAGUCUUCGAGUCGCAGAUCUGGCCUGACGACUCAAGGCGCCAUCGUACUCAGCUCCGCGUUUUCGCCUGCGCCUACGCCCUCGCUGUCUCGUCGUGCACCUUGGCGACACACACAGAGAAAAAUAAGCUAUCGUAGCAAAGAGCCCUCCGUCCUACGCUCUUCCGUCCCUUGCAGACUUCUCUAAAAUGGCGGCGUUUAAAGCUCCCCCGCUCUCAGCCUUCUUCCGUAAGGAGGAGGACAACUUAGUCACUCAGGGACUCACAGAUGUCCACGGCGUGGCCAUGUUCCACUCGCUGUAUGACGUGGGCGAUCUUAUUGGCCGUGGCGCCUUUUCACUUGUGUACCUCUGUCGGAGGAAGGAGACACAGCAGAUCUUUGCUGUCAAGGUUAUCAACAAGGCGCUGUGUGUUAAGAAGAAGACCCUGCGUGACGAGAUCACAGUGCUUCUCCGAGUCAAACACGCUAACAUCAUUAGCCUCGAGGAGGUCUACGAGAGUGACCAGGAGCUUCUGCUCGUCAUGGAAAGAGUCACUGGGGGUGAGCUGUUCGACCGCAUCGUGCGGGUAGGUGUAUACACGGAGCGACAAGCAGCCGAGAUCACCACCAAUGUGCUGCAGGCCCUCAACUACCUCCACUCGUGCCACAUCCUGCACCGUGACAUUAAACCAGAGAACAUUCUUCUUGCCAGCGGCGACAGCAGUGACGUCAAGCUGAGCGACUUUGGUAUUGCCAAGAUCCUCGAGGAUGAAGAUGACGGCGCUCGUUCUCGUGGCCGGGCAUACACAAGCUGCGGGACGGACUACUAUGUUGCUCCUGAGGUUCUAAACGGCGAAGGCUACGACAGUAAAGUGGAUCUGUGGAGUCUUGGCGUUGUUUUAUACAUCAUGUUGUGCGGAUUUCCUCCCUUCUCGGAGGAUGAGAAUGGUCUGGAGUCGGUGUACAUCAAAAUCCGCUCGGGUGUGCUGGACUUCCCUCACCCUUACUGGACAAAUGUAUCGGACGGAGCCAAGGAUCUGAUUCGCAACUUACUCAACGUGUCAGCUCAAGAUCGCUUCAGCGCAUCAGAGGCACUCAACCAUCCCUGGAUAAAGGGCGAGUGCAGCGAGCAGCCGCUUUCGUCGGCUAUCCUGGAGAUGAAGCGCUUCAACCAAAAGCGUCGUUUCAACUAG